AUGGUUGGAGUAGAACGGGCAGAGCUAUUUGUAUUUUUCAAGGGUGAACUUACAUUAACCGACCUGAAAGACAUGACGGCAUCAGCAGCCAAGAUGGACGAAACAACAGCCAUGCUUGAUGUCGUUUUGGACGAUUACUCUAGCUCUGUAGAGUCCAUCAAUGUUGGUGAUGGAGAUUUGACUGGUGUUAGGAUAGAUAUGUGGAACGGAAUACUGGAAAUCUGA